CCCUCCUCUGUCCCCUCUCCCCUUUCCCUUUGCCGCUCUCUGCCCCCAUUCCCACCGACAUCUCCUUCUUCAUCUUAUCUAUAAAACCACCCUUCCAUUUCCAGCCUUUUCUGCUCUCACAAACCAAAAAAUGGAUUCCCAGCUUUCAUUUCAGAACCAUCUCAAUCUCGAAGCCACCCAGCUUCGCCUCGGCCUCCCAGGAAUCGACGGCUCUGCAGACAACUCUUGUGGGGUUCGAACUAACAAGAGAAAUUUACAGAAUCACUCUGCCCCUCCACCCAAGUCUCAGGUUGUUGGGUGGCCGCCGAUUAGAUCGUUUAGGAAAAACACUCUCUUACCCAAGAAAACGGAGGCAACGACGGCGGCGGAGGGCGGAGGGAUUUAUGUGAAAGUGAGUAUGGAUGGAGCUCCUUAUUUGAGGAAGGUUGAUUUGGGUGUGUACAAGGGGUACCCUGAACUUGUGAAGGGGUUAGAGGAGAUGUUCAAGUUCAGAAUGGGGACAUACAGUGAAAGGGAAGGGUACCAGGGAUCGGAUUAUGCCCCAACUUAUGAAGAUAAAGAUGGAGAUUGGAUGCUGGUGGGGGAUGUUCCAUGGCAAAUGUUUAUUUCAUCAUGCAAGAGGAUGAGAAUCAUGAAAGGAUCAGAAGUUGGGGGACUCAGCUGCGGCGUCUGAGAAAUUAAUCACUUUUUUGUUUUUUUUUUUAAAUUACAGAAAGAUGUGAUGAAUUUUUCAUCAUUUUUCUUUUUGCUCAAGUUUUGGAUUUGUGUAACAAAUUUGAGAUAUUGUAGAAAUUUUUGUAGAAUAAAUUUGCUGAUGAAAUGAAAUUGUAAUUAACGUAUACUUUUGUUGUAA